GAUCAAACUUUUCUAUUGUAUGUAGUUGUCGUUAUGGAAAUAUACAAAAUAAAUUUUUUUGACUUGUUUUGGUACACAUUUUUUGAAAACUUAAAUGGCACCUAAUCAAGAUGAUAAAGGCGCUCCUGUUCAAACUCCCAAUGCCGAUUUAUCAAUAAUAAUUCCAAACGAUGAUUUAACCUCAACGUCAUCAUCAAGCGUAAAUGUACCAGAAGAACAUUCGAUAUACGAAAUUGUUGAAUUACCCCAACCGCCAACACUAAAAGAACUCAUUCAAAAAUAUUGUGAUUGUAAAGAUGUAAGCAACAUCACUAAAGUAAAAUUAAUGGUUAUAGCUGUUGAUGUUGGUCUUCAACAUUUACAUCAUCACGUUCCAAUGUUAACGGAAUUAAUUUUGGAUGGAAGCGUGUUGGUUUCUUUAAGGGAUUUGGGUUGUGCGUUGAAAAAUUUAAAAAUUUUGAGGGUGAAUCGCUGUGGUUUGACUGCUUUGGAUGGAACUUAUGGGUUUGAUAAUUUGGAAGAGAUAUAUGCAGCUAAAAAUCAGUUGCUGGAUAUUUCCGAAUGCUAUAAUUUGGUAAAAUUAAAGGUUAUUGAUGCUAGCAACAAUGUUUUAAAGGAUAUCCAAGCUUUAUUCUUUUUGAGUCUUUGCGACAAUUUAAAAGAAUUAACUGUAACGGGGAAUGAAAAUAUCGUAUCUCACAACGAUUAUAGGAAGGUUAUUAAAGAAUUAAUACCACAAUUAGAAAUGUUGGAUGGAAAAGAAUUUAGUUUUGAAGAAAAAAUUAAAGCAAAAAUUAACAAUAAUAAUAAUAGUACUGCUGGACCGAGUUUUCUGCCUCCUUUAGAAAGACCGAAAUCAACUCAAAGCGAAGUUAAUACUAGCAAAGAAGAUUCGUUUUCAGUGAAUUUUCCACCUAGAGCACUUUCAGGAAGUUCCCAAGGAAUCUCUUCGGCGCGCGAAUCAAAUUUACCAAAUUUGUCUAGCGUUAGAAGUCAUAAUAGGACUAUAAAAGGGAAAAAAGUUCUACCAGAAAUUAAGAAAAAAUCUUGA